AGAGCUCUCUCACUCUCUCUCUCUUUUUCGUGCAGGCAGCAGUCGUGGUCCCGGCUCCCGGCAGUCAGUCGCUCAGUAGUGUACGCGCCUCGUUCGCUUUCGGGUUGGUUUGGUUGGACGCUCCCGUCGCCGCGCUGUGUGUAGUACGAGUACAAGCACGAUCGAUCCGUGUGAGACAGUUUAUGUUAUACUCGUGAUGCGCUAGUGUCUCGUUGCUGCUGCUGCUACUGCUGCUGUGCUGCUGCGCCUCUGUUCUCGCCCCGAGUGCGUGCGCUCCGUUACAAACGUGUACUUUAACGGCAAGCGACAACAUUGUCACAGUCAUCGACGUCAUCGUCAACAACAAUAAUUGGGCGAGAGAGAGAGGGAGCGGGAGUUGAGUGUGAAAUGAGCGAGGCGCAAAGUAACAGUUCAACGUCGUCGGGGUGUGGCUGUGUUGGCGAUGGAUCAACGUCGACGACGGCGAUAACGGUCUUGGUGUCGCCGACAACGGGCGGCCAAUUCGAUGUAACAGUCGAGCGCGGCGACAGCGUCGAUAAUUUGAAGAAAAUCAUCUCCAAGAAACUAAAAGUUGCCAAGGAGCGAAUCUGCCUUUUACACCGCGAGAGGCAGCUGCGCGAGGGCACGCUGGAGGAAAAUCGGCUGCAGGACGGCAGUCGACUGACGCUGCUGCCGAGCGUGGAAACCGGAUUGCUGGCACAGCGACCGGAGCAGAGCGUGAUGCAGGCGCUGGAGAGCCUGAGCGACUCGCAAGUGAACGACUUUCUGUCGGGCAAGGCGCCGCUCAACCUGACCAUGCGACUUGGCGACCACAUGAUGCUCAUCCAGCUGCAGCUCUCCACCGUGACGCCAGCGACGGCACAACAGCAGCAGCAGCAGCAGCAGCAGCAGCAGCAGCAGGUGCCCAGCCAACAGACGGAGCUGGUAACGCAACAACCGUCCUUGCCAGUCGAGCCUGCGCCGCCGCCUGCUAGACGUUCCACAGGGGUAUUUUCGUCGCUCGGUACGCCAAAGACAACGUCACCCUCAGCAACCUCGCCUUGUCCCUCGCAAAUCUCUGUUUCGUCUUCGCUGGUCGGUAAUUUGGGCUCGACCAAUCCGUUCGUUGCUACCUCGACACCGCCAAGUCUACCGUACUGCACCAGUACUUCGCAACUCCAACAGCAGACUCCGCCGUCGACGCCGCCUGCUACGACGCCGUCGCCGCCUACCGCAGCCCCGACUAUAAAUCGACGACACCAUCGUCAUCUACACAACGCAAGGCAUUCUUCUUCUCAUCAUUGCCAUCACUAUCGUCACAUCCACCACAUCCGCAGUGCCAGGAAGAAUGGACAAGCCAAGUCAUACUCGACAUUGCUGCCGUGCCCGUCCUGCGACUGCAGUCCCGAGAUUGACGCCAAUUGCGACACCACGACGCCAAAGAAGCAGCAGUGCAAUUGUCUGGGCGCCAUCAACAGUAGCAGCAACGCUGCGAAUAAUACGAGCCAGGACCUCAUGGCUGCACCGGUGAUCGAGGCGACACCGCCUACGACGCCAACCAGUCCCGAUGCACCUGCCUCGUCCACCGACGUCGCUGUCUCGGGUGCUACCCUCGACCCGAGAGCGCUUCUCGAAGCCUCGCGAAACCUCACGCAGAAACUUAAGAUGCUUUCUUCCGAGCAGGAGAAUGCCAAACGCCGCCAAGGAGCGAUAAUCGAGAGCAUGCAUCAUCACGGCAAAGGCGUGUACACGGGUACAUUCAGCGGCACGCUCAAUCCAGCGUUACAAGAUCGUCACGGACGGCCAAAACGCGAUAUCAGCACGAUCAUUCACAUACUCAAUGAUCUGCUUUGCGCGACACCGGCAACAACUGCUGGACACUACAGGUACCAUAGGCAUCCUACGACGCAGCAGCAGCAUCCGCAACAACAUCAGCAGCAGCAAAGAUCACUGCCACAGAUUAGCAGCAGCCAGACAACUAACGCGAACAUUGCAGCUAACAGUGUUGGAGCCAGGCAGUGCCCGGGUUCGCCUAAGUCUGGAUACUCUAGCGAAGAACUUUCCAAAGAAAACGAAGCGACGAAGGGCAAGAUGAGGCGGCUACGUUUGGUGAUGGAGCAGCGUCGUGAAAAGAUGCGCGCGCGACGUCAAGCUCGUGCCGCGCCCUACACAACAAAGUGGGCAGAAUUGACACCGACUGAAUCGUCGUCGUCGUCUUCAUCAUCAUCAUCAUCAUCCUCAACAUCAUCAUCAUCAUCAUCAUCAUCUUCGUCGUCAUCGUCAGCGUCAUCGACAUCGUCAAGCCCAUCAACGAGUAACAAAUCAUCGGCUAAUGAUUCACAAACUGAGUCCGAACUACAACCAUGUAGUUCCGAACCGGUGGUCGCUUAACGCACUCGAGUUGCUGCCCGCGCGAGUUUACUGUAAUAUAAAAUAGUGUGUGCGUGCGUGUACUGGUGAGAGACGCUUAAUUCUGUUCCUCAAACAAAGAAACAAAAAAAGAUAUAGAGUAAGCUGUGGCAGUACGACUGCUUUUGGCUUUAAUUAUUAUUAAUUAAUUCAUUCAUUACUUCGUUAAAAACAAGACAUGAAAAAUAAUAAUAUGCCACAUGAGAGACUUUUUAUACGCGUACACACGUCGAAAGAGGGUCCUAGAGAAAGAUGGAAGAUUAAUGAAAAAAUGUAUGGAAAUUCACUGACAUGAUUAUGCAGGAGACUUCUUCAGUUAUAAGUUUCUCUUUCAAUUAGGUAGUAAACACACACACACACGUGCGCGCGCACGCGCGCGAAAGCAAACAAGUUGCGCAUCAUUUCUCUAGUGUCUAUAGCCUUAGGUUCUAUUUAGGAAUGGAAUUGUCAUUUAUCAUAGGAGAUGAAGAAAAGAAAACUGUGCUAUCAAGGAACGCAAAAAAGUGCGUUUUCGUUGGCGUUUGUAACAUAUACUCGGACACAUUGUGCAACGUACCAAAACGAUAGGACAAUUUUUUUGAGUUCUCUUUGCUGUUUUAGGAACUAUGCUGCUGUUGUGUCAUGAAUUACGGCGUUAUGUGUUGUGUGCUUGUGUUAGCCUUGUUGUUACUAUUAUCGAGCUAUUUACUGCGUUUAGGUAUCAAAUUAGUUAAUGAGCAUCUCUUGAGUGAUCUCUUGUAUGUUAUUAUUAUUACUUCGUACUAUUAUUAUUACUUACUUAUUUUAUUUUCUUCUUCCUUCGUUAUCAAGUGUUGGAUUGGAGUGAUAAACAAAACAUAACCAAGCAAUUUUUAAUGACACCAGUGAUCGAGGUUGGAAGAGAACGCAUAGAAUAAUAAGCAAUUAAUUAAAUCUGAUUUCUUUUUUUAUUUUUAAAUUGCCAUUUAUGUUACAUACGAUCGUAAAAACUUAUCGAUGCUUCUUAAAUUGCGCUAUUACGACUUUUGUUUUUUUUUAAUUUAUCCUAGUUCUUUGCUGUGUUACACGCAGAACGGACUUGAUGACAAUACAACUACCGUUACAAAAAAUAACGACGAUGAAAGAGAAAAAAAAAUAGACACGCGCGGGUAACCUCAUGGUUCUCACUGAUUGCGAGUGCCAAGAGCACAUAUUGGUCAUAAAUGAGAAAAACUGUACAGGUUCGGUAAAGAAUUGUAAUUUUUUAAAGGAAAAAUACAUAAACAUAGUGUUCUAUAAGUCGGUAAAUUGCACGAGAUUGAACAUAUAUGCAGUAAAUGUAAUAAAAGUUUAGGUUUUUUUUAAUUAUUUUACGUUAAUAUUUUUAUUGCAGACACAACACGGUCCAAAAAUUCAUUUGUUACAAAACAACAAUGAUAUACAUAUAUAAAUAAUAAUUAUCCUAAACCUUGAAGAAUUGCUAGAUCAUUCAGUGAUAAUUACUCUAAAGUACCGACGAAAAAUUAAAGAAUUAAUUUCAGAUAAAAAGUAUUUACAAAUAAUGUACAAUAAACGAAAAAGAAAUAGCAGUGCAUCGCAUAUAAAAAAUUGAAUAAAGAAUACGCUAAGAAACGAUACAAGUACUUUGAAAAAACAAAAUCUUGUCUUUUCAUUGCAUAUCAAUCGUCAUUAUUAUUAUUAUUAUUAUUUUAAUUCCAAAGCAAUUUUGGAAUGCAAUCGCUUACAUGCCUAAGUAAAAAAUCGUCUGAAAAAGCAGUUUUCGAAGUAAACUUCGAAAUGUAUUCGGUACAUCAAAACAUGCAGGUAUAACGACAUGAAAUAAAAAAUUUAACUAAGGAGAGAUUUCGGAAAAGGCAUUACACGUUGGACGAGAACAAGUGGACGGGAAAACGCGCCGCAAAAAUUCUUUUUCUCUAAAGUUAAGAUAAUAAUUAUGGCACCACGUGAAAAACAGUUAAAAUUCAAGAGGAAGGGGUUCAGGUCUGGUCGGAGGAAACUUGGUAGAAAAAUUCU